AUGUCAGGCUUCCCGUCUCUUCGUGGUGGUCCUGGAUCGAGUUCUAGCGCGCGACUGAUUGCCUUCUACAACAUCUGUCUCGGCCAUAAGGCAGCGUGUGAAGCUUAUCAUGCUGGGGAAGGGGACUACUCAGUCCCCGAGAGUAUCUCUAGUGCGAUAGAUAAGCUCCGUCAGAAGCCUGUGAAGUCGCCACUGCCUUGUCGCCGUCUCGAGUUCGGCAGAAGACUGAGCAAUUUCCUCGUCCAGCAUGGUCAUCAGAACUGGCCCGGUCAGUUCGAGGACGGGCAAAUGUAUCAUGUCUUGAUGCGCAACACUUUCCCACCGCUGAAGCCCGAUGUUGAACGCGCCCUGCGGAGUCUCACUGUAUUGGGGCUCUCGAGAACAGAGACUCCGAGGCUGAGAUUCGAUAGCCAUCUCGAAGUGGUAUCUUCUUCGCAGUGAGUUGUAUGCUGCUUACUACAUUUCCACUAAACUGUGAUUUAGUUGAUCUUAAACGUGUCUUUAGUGU